AUGGCGUUUGAAAAAUUAUACUACGAUCCGUCGCAUAACGCGGGCUAUUCGGCGGUGGAUAAUCUAACUCGUGCUGUUAAACCGAAUUUCUCACGGGGAGAAGUCGUGCGCUGGCUCGAAUCGCAAGACGCGUACACGUUGCACCGACCAUUGCGUAGAAAAUUUCCACGAUUGCAUUACAACGUAACGAACAUCGACGAUGUGUGGGAGACAGAUUUGAUCGAACUCCGAAAUCUAAAAAGUUACAACGACGGUUAUUCCUAUCUGUUAGUGAUUAUCGAUGUACUUAGUAAAUACGUAUGGGUAGAACCGUUACGCGGCAAAACGAGUAACUGCGCGAUAAAAGUUUUUCAACGCGUACUAGCGAAAAGCGAAGGACGAGUACCCGUAUACCUGCAAACGGACAAGGGUAAAGAAUUUGUCGCACAAUCAAUGCAGAAAUUUCUUAAAGAAAACAACAUUCGUUUUCGAGACAUUGUACACGCUUACAAUCACACGCGUCACUCGUCCACAAGAAUGCAACCUGCGGUAGUAACGAGAGAAAACGCACGUAUCACUCGUGAAAAUAUAGCUCGUCGUUGGAAAAACGAAACGCUAAAGAAACGGGUGCGAAAAGUUAAAUAUCGCGUCAGAGAUCACGUUCGUAUCAGUAGAGCGAAAGCUGCCUUCGAGAAAGGAUACGAGGCUAAGUGGAGCGAGAAGAUGUUUCAAAUUUACCGUGUUCUCGAUUGGCGAAACCCUCACGUGUACGAACUGCGAGAUUUAGCAGGCGAAGUCAUAGACGGUAUUUUCUAUGAGCAAGAAUUAGCUCGAGUUGAGAAAAACGUAGAGGAAAAACAGUUUAUCGUCGAUCGCGUGAUAAAGAGUAAAGGACGAGGAGCUAAUAAGCAAAAUACCUGUGUCGAAUAUGAGAUGAACUACAAUCAAGAACGUGGACAAACCAUGUGA